CACAAAAAUCUCAGAGGGUUAAAUACAUCACCUUCUCGACGCUAAUUCCUCCACUACGUCUCUCUCUCUUGCUCUCCCUCUUCAAGUCGGCUCCUUUAUUGCUACAGUGAAAAAGUUUCGAGCUUUAGAAACAAUGGCGGCUUUCCCCAACCUCAACUCUGGCUCCGGAUUGAAGAAGCUCGAUGAGCAUCUUCUCACUCGCAGUUACAUCACUGGGUACCAAGCUUCAAAGGAUGAUAUCACUGUGUUUACAGCUCUUUCAAAGCCCCCAACUUCAGAGUUUGUCAAUGUAUCUCGUUGGUUCAACCACAUCGAUGCCCUCUUGAGGAUCUCUGGUGUCUCUGCUGAAGGAAGUGGUGUCAUUGUUGAAGGGUCAUCACCUAUCACAGAAGAGGCUGUUGCUACUCCCCCUGCAGCUGAUUCUAAGGAUACUGCUGCUGAAGAAGAAGAUGAUGAUGAUGUUGACCUUUUCGGGGAGGAGACCGAAGAGGAAAAGAAAGCUGCUGAAGAGAGAGCAGCUUCUGUGAAGGCAUCUACAAAGAAGAAAGAAUCCGGAAAGUCAUCAGUUUUGAUGGAUAUCAAGCCGUGGGAUGAUGAGACGGACAUGAAGAAGCUAGAGGAAGCUGUAAGAUCCAUUCAGAUGGAAGGAUUGUUUUGGGGAGCAUCAAAGCUUGUACCCGUUGGUUACGGUAUCAAGAAGUUGCACAUCAUGUGCACCAUUGUUGAUGACCUUGUAUCUAUCGACACCAUGAUCGAAGAGCAACUCACUGUUGAACCGAUCAAUGAAUAUGUCCAGAGUUGUGACAUUGUUGCCUUCAACAAGAUAUGAGGAUGGAGAAUAGCUUGAAGGAAGAACUGUUUAUGUUGUUGUUUUCUUCUCUAUAUCCAGUUUUGUUACCUGUUUUUAUUGUACUCUGUGGGAGGGCUUUUACCAACUCUGAUUCAUUUUGAUAUAUGUGAAGACAAUUCAGUUUUGUCUUAAAGUUUCCACCAAAUCUCAAAUACGAAAAAUCAUAAGUUUGAUAACAUCACAGAAAGUGUGAAGCAAGAAUGCACGUAUGUUUAAAAUAAAUACAAGUACGCAUAAUUUAGUAUUGCAAAGAAGAUUAUGUUUACAAAAAUUUCU